AUGGAAACACUACGUGGACCUCAGUUUACACUGAACGACGGUAACACACUGGUGACGGAGGUGGUAUCGGACGAUGAUUCGCAUCUUUGCCUCUAUGUAUUACUGCAGGACAUGCUCAAGAUUGGUGACAUGGUUGUUGGGUUUGACAUCGAGUGGGGCUUCAAAGGAUGUUCUGCUAGCAGAUCAGGAAGUACUUCUAGCAGACAUACUGAAAAUCAUUCUCAGCCUGACAAGUCCGAGCACCUUCCUAGGAGAGUGGAACAUCACAUUGCUGUCUUGACGUUCUGCACUAAACUUGGCUGUGUCCUAAUAAGGCUCUCUCCUUAUCAUAUUUCUCUGUCUCUGAAACGCUUUCUUUCAAUCAAGGACAUCAUGUUUGUAGGAGUUCAUAUCAAGGAAGAUCUUCAAAGGCUAAGAAGUGUCAGUGGCCUGGUGGUUCGGAAUGCGGUGGAUUUAAGUGAACUGGCUGCUACAAUAUAUGAUCAACCUCGAUUCCGUGCUUAUAAUGCAAGGGAACUGGCGUGCAAAAUAUCUUCACUAAAAUCAGACCCAAAAUCUCUCAAUGUUUUAUGGUCAAACUGGUUUGAUCCUACUCUUAGCCCUGAACAGAUUGAGUCUGCAACUAUUGAUGCUUAUGCAACGUACAAGAUUGGCAAAAAGCUUAUGGAAAGCGGCAGUAGCAGUGUCAAGAGGUUGUUCUUGUAA